UACCCCAGCCCCCAAAUCGAGCUCGCAGCAGUUGCGAGUGGGGAUUCCUCCGCCGGCAUCCGGCAUCUCCGGUCCAUUCCCCAUUCCCCCGCCACCUGCAAUUCCAUGGGGGCCGGUCACAGCGCCGGGCGUCGAAAUUCCGACGCCGAUGCCGACGCCGGAGCAGGCAGCGAGGACCGCCUCAGCGCGCUUCCAGACGACGUGCUGGUCAGCAUCCUCCUCAAGCUCCGCGACGCCGCGGCCGCCGCCCGGACCAGCAUCCUCGCCCGCCGGUGGCGCUGCCUCUGGCCCCUCCUCCCGGAGCUCGCCUUCGCCGACGGCAUCAAGCACCACCGCAUAGUCCCCGCCCUCGCCGCCCACGAAGCGCUGGACCUCCGCGACAUCCAGAUUGCCACCCGAGAGGCCUCUGUGGAGUACCUGGCGGUCUGGCUCCCCAUCGCCGCGCGCCGCCUCUCCGGCUCCAUGUACCUCAAGGUGGUGUGGCACGAGGGCGAGGCCGCCGAGGUCCGGGCGGCGCUGGAGCCCGAACAGAGAGGGGCCAUUCUGCUUCCUUGCUUCCAGCGAGCCACCUCCGUCGUACUCGAGUUCUCCUUCCUCCGCCUUGUCCUGCCGCCUUCCGGGGUGUUCGCCCGGCUCCAAAUCCUCAUGCUGGUCGGCAUCCUCGUGUACGGCCAGUGCAGCCUCGGCGACGCCGUCUCCUCCCCGCGGUGCCCAUGCUUAAAGGUUCUCUUCGUCCAGAGCGCCCGUGGUCUCGGCAGCUUCAGGAUCCACUCCAGGUCCCUCCUGCAGCUGCAGCUGUCGGAUUUGCGUGACAUGCAGCAGCUCACUGUCGUGGCGCCGUUACUCCAGUUCUUGAGAGUGAGAUGGUGCUUUACCAAUGUAGCAUGUGCACUGAAUCCAAGUCAACCAGUAGCCAGGAUCUCAGCCCCUCGCCUGGAGAAGCUUGAAUGGAUGUGUGAUUUUGUUCCUAGCUCUGUCCAGCUUGGUGAGAUGCCACCACAUCUCCGACGCCUUGUCGCUGGAAUCAUCAUGGUAUAUGGACCAGAUUGCAUUGCUCCACAUAAGCGUUGUUGCAUCGGAUUCUGCAGCGCUUUGAGCGUCUCAGUGCUCUCCGUCUCUGCCUUGCCUAUCCGCCGGUCAUAGGUAACCACAAAUACUUGAUGGAAGACAUGACAAGGCUCCCUGACGUUGACUACUUGACCCUAGAUGUAUUUUCAUGUGGACAUUCCUUUGGACCCAGCUCAUUCCAUGUUCUCAGGAUGUGCUCUCGUUUAACAAUACUCAAGAUCAGAUUUUCUUGCCAACUGCCGGUAAUGCACUCCUUAAUUUUUUUUAUCUGAUAUAUUUCAGUUACCAGAAAGUCGCAUAAAGCAAUAUAUCAAUACAUAUUUGUUUUUCUAAUUAAGCACCAAUUAGCCUUGAGCUGCUAGUUUCACCGCUCUUCAUUUUGGUUCGACACUGAUAUGGUCUAAAGUUUAUCUGUGGUAACUAUAAUACUAUAUGCCUUGUGCAUCUCCUGGUGACAAACUGACAACCAUUCAGAAAUGUGCAAUACUUCUUUGGUCGCUAACUUCGUAAUAGGUUUCACCUCAAAUGAUUGCCAGUUUUAUUUGAUACUGCUCUU